AUGGAGACGGUCAUCAGGGAUGCGUUGGCACCCACAACCACCAGUUCAGUACUGUUGAAGGCACGCGUGGGCUUCCUCAAGUCAGUUGCUGAUGUGGUGCGCAACGCACGCGACCUAACGUUUCUGAACCGUACAAGGGCGGUGGUCAGCCGCGUGGAAGACUCCGAGACCCUUCGCACCCAGUAUUCAAGGUGGUGUCACGUGAUUGCGUUAGUGAAAGCCGCUGGGGACGCGGUCACAGCCAGUAGCAAGCGUACAUACGGGCGCAAGAUCGAGCGGCUGGAGGUGGCUAUGCAGAGGAAUCCAGUGGAGAACCGCCUGACGGAUGAGCAGCAGGAGCCGUCUAUUCACGCGAUAAGGCUCCCGCUAAUGCUGUUAACGGAUGCGAACCUCAACGAACUGGUGGCUAUGCGUGGGAAGAAGCUGAAUGCGACGCGAUUUGCCAAGGAGAUGCAGCGCAUCGCAUUGAUGGCCUCGCUACACCUGACCUCGAGGCUGCGCUCCAUCCCAUCCGAGGGCAACUGGCUGUACUUCAAGAAGGCAGGGCCGCUGUUCUCGUUUCGGGUGGUCAUGCAGGACUUCAAGAACAGCCGCCACAUAGGAAAGACCACGAUUGAGGUCAGGCGGGACCUUGCACUGACGCACGUCGCAUCACGCAACAGCCUCGCGCGCCGUCUGCCACGCAUCUUCAGCGCCUAUGCUGGGACACCGCUGACGGUUACCAACAUGCGCCACAUCCACGAGUCUGAUCUGCAAGCAUCUGCUGCGUAUCAUAGGAUGACGGUCAGGGAGAGGGACCGCGCGCAUGCGCAACUGUUCCAUAGCCACAUGACAGGUAUAGCCUACAACCGCGUGUAA